AUGGCGUUGUUAUCAACAGCGAUAUUGGUGUCUAGCACGAUAGAAUGCUCCGCCGUGACGGCACUGGUCUCCACUUGCUACACCUUCAUCACGUAUGGCUCACCAGACCCCUUCCCGGGGUCUCCAUGUUGCAAUGCCAUGGCCAAUCUCAAGGUUAUUGCUGACACAAUUGAGAAUCGGAGAUUUGCAUGUAGAUGCUUAUUGGGCCUCAUUUCCACAUACAACCCAAAUGCUUAUGCGAUUGCUACUUUGCCCGACUUUUGUCAAGUUUCUUUGGGGUUCAACAUCGAUCCUAACACUGAUUGCAACUUAAUCCUAUGAGUUUGGGUAUGCAACUUUAACAGGAGUAGGUUCCGGAAAAUUAGCGAAAUGGAAGACGAAAUAAACAAUCUCAUGUGUUCAGCUGCAGGGCAGAGGAAGGGAGGUUCGAGUUUUGGGUUGAAGAAAAUCUAAAUAAUUGAAGAUUUGAUUGUACAAAUUAUGGAAAUUAUUAUGUUAGGCGAAAGCUAGCUAGUUAAACUGUUGCUUUUAAGGUAAAAUAGUUAAUAAUUCAAAUAUGGUAACAUGAUUGCUAACUGAAAUGAUUAUAGCGAUCCUACUUUAGGUCAUUUAAAGUUGCCCUAUAAAGAUUUGAUUACUGC